CACCCCGACUUUUCCUCAUCACGAGUCCGAAGAAUCCCCUCGAGCAGAAGAAAAAACCCAGAGAAACCAGGCGAAAAAUCCAAUCUUUUCGUCGAUUCAGCUCUCGAUUCCGCGGAGAGAAGAGCCAUGGCCGAGUCCGCCAACAACGACGCCCCGAUCGCCACCAACAACCAGCCCACCACGGAGGAGGUGACGGUUGAGAGGGCGGCGACCCAGGAGGAGGAGGAGGAGAGGCUGCGGUACCUCGAGUUCGUGCAGCAGGCGGCGGCGCAGGCGCUGGUGCUGGCGGCCGCGGCGUACGCGUACGCCAAGCAGGGCGCGGGGCCGCUCCGCCCCGGCGUCGACCACGUCGAGGGCACCGUCAAGGCCGUCGUCGGGCCCGUCUACGACCGCUUCCACGCCGUCCCGCUCGACCUCCUCAAGUUCCUCGACCGCAAGGUUGGCGAGUCCGUUGAGGAGAUCGACCGCCGCGUCCCCCCAGUGGUGAAGGAAGCCCCCACCCUCGCCCGCUCUGCUGCCAAGGAGGUCCGUCAAGCCGGUCUGGUGGGCACAGCCACUGGCCUCGCCAAAUCGGCCAUUGCCCGUGCAGAGCCCAAGGCCAGGGAGCUCUACACCCGCUACGAGCCCGUGGCUGAGCGCCGCGCCGCAGAGGCCUGGGUGGCCCUGAACCGCCUCCCACUGGUGCCCUCGGUUACCAGGGCGGUCCUCCCCACUGCUGCGCAGCUGUCGGCCAAGUACAACUCGGCGGUGAUGGAUGGCGCCAAGCGCGGGAACACUGUGGCGACCUACCUCCCGCUGGUGCCCACCGAGCGGCUUGCCAAGGUGUUCGGGUGCCCUGUGGUGGACGCCGCCCCGGUGCCGGAGAUGCAGCCCAUCCCGUCCCAGUAGAAGAUGGGAGGGGAACCUCUCUGAACUGCAUCAUCAAUUAUCAAAUAUAGUAGCGUCGUUGCUGUCUCUUGUAUGUGAUGAACUGAUGAUAAGGUGCGUGUGUGGUGGUUUGGUUUCGUUGGUCCGCUUUUGUGGUGAUGCACCUUGUCUGAAGUCAAAAGCAUUUUGUGAACCCUGAUGUGUAUAUUGAUGGCUAUAUGUUGUUACCGUUGUCAAGAAGAAAUUACACAUGC